UCCGUUUUAAGGAUCAGAAGGACAAAGAUCUGCAAGAGGCGCUCAUCAACUACGCUCUCAUGCAAAUCAGCAUGUGCAAGAAGUCUGCAGCAGCUGCUCGCACGUGAGUUGGAACUUUGUCCUGGAGAUGUCAACAGACCCAGAAGGACUGAAUGAUGACCCGGAUGAGGGGUUCGGGGCCUUCGUGGUGCUGCAGGGUGGGGGCCUGCAGUCCUCAGGGGUCCCUCAGGUAUACUGGAAGAGCCUCUAUCACAAGAUCACCAACGAGGUUUACGAUGCCGGGGAGGUGUUUGGAAUAAUGAAGGUCCAACAGGAGGAAGAUGGGGAGAGGAAAAAAGGCAAUUCUGGAGUGGUGAUUGGGUGUAAAGUGGUUGUUACUCGAGAAAGUGGGCUGGAAGUCUCCGAUCCAACCAGUAUCUUUCUGGUGGACCAUGCUUGGACGUACCGGGUGGAGCACGCUCGGGAACAGCUGGAGCAGAUUCCAGGACUGCUGCCCAGGAUGGCCUCCCUAAUGGGGGUGGACUUCCACGGCGAGGUCCCCCCUCCAGACGUAGUGGAACUGAUAUUGGAGCGCAUGUGGAAAUACAACCAGACCUACCAGCUGUCCCAGGGGUCAGCAGAAGAAAAAGCUCCUGUGUGGUACAUCAUGGAUGAGUUUGGCUCCCAGGUGCAGCAUUCGGACCAUCCCAGCUGCUGCAUGGCCCCCUUUUUCUACAUGCAGGGUCAGCUGGCCUACACUCUGCUCUGGCCUCUGCAAGAUCUGCAAGGAGGUGAUGAAGUAACCCGCGAUUAUGCAUAUGGGGAGACCAACCCAUUGCUACGGAGAUGCCGGUUGCUACCGUGGAUACAUGAUGAUCUGGAAGGAGUGAGCAGUGCCGUCACAGAACCAGCAGAUUCUUACUAUGAGGCCAUCACACGAGAGAACAAGGAACGGCUUCCUGUGGAAAUCCAGCCUUCUACUGUUCCCAAAGACAAAAUCCUCAAAGUCUUCACUCAAAUGUCUCAAGUAAGAAACAACCUGACACAUCCUCGUUUCAUUCUGGUGGAGGAAGAGGAGGAGGCUGACAUCAUUUGGAAUUAUGAUCACAUCAAAGACUACAGGAAGCUGAGUGAAGAGCGGCCUCAUGUCAUGCUGAACCAGUUCCCCUGUGAGAACAUAGUGACGGUGAAGGACUGCCUGGCUGCCAUCGGCCACAGGCUGAAGGGCGGCCCCAUGCCUGACUGGCUUCCAGAGACCUUCAACCUCCAGACAGAGCUUCCACACUUCAUCAAACAUUAUCAGCUGAGACGACUCAGGGGAGAAGACAACCACUGGAUCUGUAAGCCAUGGAACUUGGCCCGGGGUCUGGACACACACAUCACCAGUAAUCUGGACUACAUCAUCAGACAGAGAGAGAGCACACCAAAGGUGGUGUGUAAGUACCUGCAUGAUCCUGUGCUAUUCAGCAGAGAAGUAGGAAUGGUAAAGUUUGACAUCCGCUACAUGCUGAUGCUGCAUUCGGUACAGCCGCUGCGUCUCUACGUCUACAAUGUCUUCUGGCUGCGCUUCGCCAACAAGCCCUUCUCCUUAGAUCAUUUUGAUGACUACCAGAAACACUUCACUGUGAUGAACUAUGCAGAAGGAGUGCAGCUUAAACAGGUUCACUAUGAUGAGUUCAUCCCCAUGUUUGAGCAACAGUACCCGCAGUAUCCAUGGAAAGAUGUGGAAGCAGGUUUAUUUAAAGCUUUCAAAGAAUUCUUCCAAGCCGCUUCAUCUCGUCCAGCACCGUAUGGAAUCUGUCCAUAUCAGUCAUCCCGGGCCAUCUAUGCUGUGGAUCUCAUGUUGAAGUGGUGUCAAGGGCAAAAUGGUGAGCGGAUCAUGCAGCCUCAGAUCCUUGAGUUGAACUUUAGCCCUGACUGUGCCCGGGCCUGCCUCUACCAUCCGGACUUCUACAACCACAUGUUCCAGACUCUGUUCCUGGAUCAACCUGAGAACUGUCCAGUUACUCAGAUAGUGUGAACAAAGCUUCACCACAGAAGACUCUUUAUGGUUUAGGUUUUUGUAAGCUUUUUCAGUAUUAAACUGAUUGAUGUGUUUCACUGGAACAUAUUUUGUCCAAUCAGUUAUAAGGUAAACAACCUGCUCAGAAA